UCAUCUUCCCUCUCAUACUCAAAAAUGUACAUAAUAUCUGCCUGUAUGGCUGUAUCUCUCUCUGCAUAUAAGUAUACAACACCUGCGUAUACAUUCAUCACCUACAUUCAUACCUGUUGUGUGUGAAGUUCUUGAGUGAAUAAGAAGAAACAAAGAAAAGGCAGAAAUGGGGUCGGUUAGUAGUUUUGUAAUCAGAUGGGUUAAUUUCCUCACAGUGAUUUUAGCUGUGGGUGUAAUUGGUUUCGGGGUCUGGAUGGCUGCCGAUCAUGAUGACUGUCGAAAAUCUCUAGCCCUUCAUGUUAUGCUUCUUGGCAUGUUAAUAUCUGUAAUAUCUGUUUUUGGAUGUAUUGGUGCAUGGAAGAGCAACUCCUUGUUAUUGUGGAUUUACUUGAUCCUGCUCUUUUUAGUUAUGGUGGCAAUCUUGAUUUUUACUGUCUUGGCAUUUAUAGUAACAAAUAAUGGUUCUGGUCACAAUGUAACUGGUUUAAGGUACAAGGAGUAUCAACUUCAAGAUUAUCAUUCUUUGUUCCUAAAACAGCUCAAUAGCUCACAUAAAUGGGAACACCUGAAGAGCUGUCUUGUCAAAUCUGCUGACUGCGAUAACCUGUCCCAAAAAUAUAAGAAUCUCAAACAAUAUAGAUAUGCAAAGCUAAGUCCUAUUGAAGCUGGUUGCUGCAGGCCACCAUCUGAGUGUGGCUAUCCUGCCCGGAACGCCUCAUAUUAUGACUUGAGAUUACAUCCAAAAAGCUCAAAUAAGGAUUGCAAGCUCUACAAAAACAGAAGAGACAUUAAGUGCUAUCACUGUGAUUCCUGCAAGGCUGGAGUUGCUCAGUACAUGAAAACUGAAUGGAAGGUGGUGGCAGUCUUUAAUCUCAUCCUCUUUCCCACCCUCACAAUUAUCUACUUGGUGGGGUGUUACGCCAGGAGAAAUGCUGGCUGGAGCCAAUACAAAGUCUGAUGAGAAUGAAUUAACUUCUUUCUUUUUUCUUUUAAGAACAAAAUGAGUCUCAAUUGGAAGUCUUUGAUGGAGAUAUAUAUAUUAUAUUUUUGAAGUCAUGAUUGGUACAAUGCAUCCUCAUGCAUGCAUACCAAAGAAGUUUAUGCAGUAAGUGCAAAGAUGAGGGGAAGAAAGUGAAGUUGACAUCAUUUACCAUAUGAUUGUUACUACUGAAAGUGAAGUUGAAAUCAUUUACCAUAUGAUUGUUACUACUGAAUCGCGAUUUAUAAACUCCACGCUCUUUUUUCACACAUACUUGUAAGUUGUAACUAUGUUCCGGUUUGUGAGAUAUCUUAUGAACAUUUGUAUUGGCGUAAAUGUAGCUGGUGUACAUCUGAUGUGCUA